GCGCGGUGCACGCCGGGACGGCAGCGCGCGCCGCGGCCCGGAGGAGGCGGAGGAGUCAAGAUGGACGCCGGGUUCUUCCGCGGAACCAGUGCAGAGCAGGACAAUCGCUUCAGCAACAAGCAGAAGAAGCUGUUGAAGCAGUUGAAGUUUGCAGAAUGCUUAGAAAAGAAGGUGGACAUGAGCAAAGUAAAUCUGGAAGUAAUCAAACCAUGGAUAACAAAACGAGUAACAGAAAUCCUUGGAUUUGAAGAUGAUGUAGUAAUUGAAUUUAUAUUCAACCAGUUGGAAGUGAAGAACCCAGAUUCCAAAAUGAUGCAAAUCAACCUGACUGGUUUUUUGAAUGGGAAAAAUGCUAGGGAGUUCAUGGGAGAACUGUGGCCACUGCUAUUAAGUGCACAAGAAAACAUUGCUGGUAUUCCAACUGCAUUUCUGGAACUGAAGAAAGAAGAAAUAAAACAGCGACAGAUAGAGCAGGAGAAACUGGCUUCCAUGAAGAAACAAGAUGAAGACAAAGAGAAGAGAGAUAAGGAGGACAAAGACAACAGAGAGAAAAGAGACAGAUCCAGGAGUCCAAGAAGACGCAAGUCCCGCUCUCCCUCCCCGCGGCGGAGGUCGUCGCCCGUGCGCCGCGAGCGCAAGCGCAGCCACUCCCGCUCGCCCCACCACCGCACCAAGAGCCGCAGUGCCACCCCUGCCCCCGAGAAGAAAGAGGCCACUCCCGAGCCUGAGCCCUCCGUGAAACCAAAGGAGACUGUUGUGCAAGAGGCAACUUCAAACAGUGAUAUCCCGAAAGCUCCUAAACCUGAACCUCCUGUACCAGAGACUAAGGAAACUUCACCAGAACGUAAUUCAAAGAAGGAGAGAGAGAAGGAGAAGGAGAAGACUCGUCAGAGAUCCCCAACUCGGUCCAAGUCCAGGUCAAGAUCCCGAUCCCGUUCUCCAUCUCAUUCUCGACCCAGAAGGCGCCAUAGAUCACGGUCAAGAAGGCGACCCAGCCCGCGGCGCCGGCCGUCCCCGCGCAGGAGGAGCCCGCCCCGGAGAAUGCCUCCCCCACCCAGGCACAGGAGGAGCAGAUCCCCCGUGAGGCGGAGAAGACGCUCCUCGGCCUCGCUGUCCGGCAGCAGCUCCUCCUCAUCGUCGUCGCGCUCCCGCUCUCCACCAAAGAAGCCUCCCAAGAGACCCGUGUCCAGCCCUCCCCGCAAAACGCGCCGGCUGUCGCCCUCGGCCAGUCCCCCCCGGCGCCGCCACCGGCCCUCGCCCCCCGGCAGCCCCCCGGGCAAACCGCGCCGCUCGCCCACGCCACAGCAGUCCAACCGCGCCCGCAAGAGCCGCGGCUCCGUCUCACCCAGCAGGGCUUCAGCACCCAAACAUAAGAGUACUGAGAAAAGAGAAUCUCCUUCGCCAGCACCCAAGCCCAGGAAAGCAGAAUUGUCGGAAUCAGAAGAAGACAAAGGAGGCAAAAUGGCUGCAGCAGAUUCUGUCCAACAGAGGCGCCAGUACAGGAGGCAAAAUCAACAGUCUUCAUCUGAUUCUGGUUCUUCAUCUUCCUCAGAGGAGGAGAGGCCCAAGAGGUCGAACGUGAAGAACGGGGAGGUGGGCAGGCGCCGCCGGCACUCGCACUCGCGCAGCCCCUCGCCUUCGCCCCGCAAGCGCCAGAAGGAAUCCUCCCCUCGCAGGAGGAGGAGGAGCCCCUCGCCGCCCCCCGCGCGCCGGCGCCGCUCCCCUUCCCCGGCUCCACCGCCCCGGCGUCGCCGCUCGCCGUCCCCGCCUCGCCGAAGGUCUCCAUCACCACCCCCGCGCAGACGUUCUCCCUCUCCACGGAGAUACUCCCCCCCGAUCCAGAGGCGAUAUUCCCCAUCUCCCCCUCCCAAGAGGAGAACAGCUUCUCCUCCUCCCCCUCCCAAAAGAAGGGCCUCCCCUUCCCCCCAGUCCAAGCGCAGAGUCUCCCACUCCCCACCGCCAAAACAGAGGAGCUCCCCUACUGCUAAACGGCGCUCCCCUUCCGUAUCUUCCAAGCACAGGAAGGGGUCUCCUCCCAGCAGAUCCAACAGGGAAACACGUUCUCCACCACAAAACAAAAGGCAUUCACCUUCACCACGGCCUCGAGCUUCCCACCCCUCCUCCAGCCCUCCGCCGCCGCGCCGGGGAGCGUCGGCGUCGCCGCAGAGGAGGCAGUCACCCUCACCCAGCACCAGGCCCAUCAGGAGGGUGUCCAGAACACCAGAACCCAAGAAAACAAAGGCUUCCACCCCCAGCCCCCGGCGCGUGUCCUCGUCCCGAUCUGCGUCAGGGUCACCUGAGACAGCUCCCAAAAAGCACCAAGGACCUGCAUCUCCUGCCCGGUCUCGCUCUCCUUCUGCAAACUGGUCACCUGCAAAAAAGGCCAAGAGCCCAACUCAGAGCCCAUCACCUGCCAGGAAUUCAGAUCAAGAAGGUGGUGGCAAGAAGAAGAAGAAAAAGAAGGAUAAGAAGCAUAAAAAGGAUAAAAAGCACAAGAAACACAAAAAGCAUAAGAAGGAGAAGGCAGCAGUGGCUGCAGCAGCUGCUACUGUGGCUGCACCAGACACCACCUCAGUACAGGAAGACCAGGAAGCAGAGACAGAACCCAAAAAGGAGACAGAGAGUGAACCCGAGGACAACCUGGAUGACCUAGAAAAGCACCUGCGGGAGAAGGCCCUGAGGUCCAUGAGGAAGGCGCAGGUGUCCCCCCCCUCCUAGGCCAACCCUUUGAUAUAAUGUACAUUUUAUUUGGUUUGUACUCAGAAUUCAAUUUCAAAUUGCUAAAUGUGUUUGAGCUUUAGAAUAUAACAUUUGUUGUAAUAAUUGCUAGGUUGAGGUUCACCAUGUACAAAGGGCAUGGAUUUACAUUACAAAAGGUGUCCACAGUGUACUAGUGACAUUCUUUCAUUGACAGCAUAAUUUCAUUUAGGGUGAGACUUCUUAGAAGCAGUAGGAAUUUGUUUUGGAGGUUUGAAACAUGACCGUCAGUUCCCUCGUUUCUUUGAAAUCCAACAGAGCCUUGAGCAGAAUUUGUGAGGGUCUCAUUUGACUUCUUUUGUAUCACUUACACGAUGCUACUAACCUUUGUGGUUUGUAGGCUUGCCCAGGAGUAAAACCACUGCAGAAUUCAAGGAAGUACAUCUCUAUUUUAAUGCUUUCUACUGUUGCCUGUAUAGUCUCCAUUAAAGCCAAUCAAGAAUAGCAAUUUAGAGUGGUACAUAAAUGAAAGCAUGUUGUUUACCAGGACACUGUGGGUUUAUAUUGAUGUAACAUGUUGAUUUGGAACACUGGAAUUUCAUUUGUAUUUUUAUGUUCUUUUUUUAAAGGGCAGUUUCCAUGAUCAGCAAUCCCAGAAAAAAAAAAAAUAAUUCCUUCAGUUCCAUAAAUUUUGUUUGUGAGCUGUCGUUGCCCCAUUCAUAAAUCUUGUCUCGUUACGGUUCUUCGGAAUGGUCUGAGCAACUUUCAGAGCUGUGUUCUUUGAAAGUUUAGAGGAACCUGAACUUUGGAUAUUGUCAUGUUUUCACUGUUCUUUGUUUUUGUUUUUUUAACUAAAGCUAUAUAAAGCUUGUGGAUUAAACAAAAUAAAUUUCUAAAUUUAAACAGA